AUGCUGGGGUGGGCGGCUAGGCUAGCAACAGGUCAGGUCAUGAUGCACAAGUGGAGCAUCGACUCUCAUGGCUCUUCAUCUGUUGGCCCCCAUUUCCCACACCACUCUUUACAGCACAUCACGAGCAGUGAAGUGUAUGCAUGCAAGGUGACAGGCAAGGCGGACGAGGUGAAGCUGAAGCUAUUGAAUGGUGACGUGUAUGCAUGCAAGAUCAACACGGUGACAGGCAAAGCGGACGAGAUGAAGCUCAAGGGGUCAGAAGAUGCAGUGGUAGAUGGGGUCACGCUCAUCGGCACCGGCGCCAAGACAGCGCUCACUAAGGCCUCAGUUCGCUUAAGGUUCGGCCGAAUGCCACAGAUAGGGGACAAGUUCAGCAGUCGGCACGGGCAGAAGGGCGUGCUGUCACAGCUCUGGCCGGACGUGGACAUGCCCUUCGCCUCCUCCUCUGGCAUGCGUCCAGACAUCAUCAUCAACCCCCACGCCUUCCCCUCGCGCAUGACCAUCGGCAUGCUUGUCGAGUCUGUAGCAGCCAAGAGUGGAUCUUUGCACGGAAACUUCGUGGAUGCUUCUCCGUUCCGCCCCGCCACGCCCAACCCCCCGCCGCUCACCAUGAGCCUCAAGUCCCGCCAGCCUGCCCUGCCACGUGGCGCCUCCCGAUUGGCCCACUCCUCCGCUGCCACCCCUGGUCUCUCCACCCCUGUAGCCCGCUCUAAGCUGCACAAGAAAUCGGGUGCUCCCCCCACCCCUUCUACGCCUGCCACUCCUGCUGGUGGUGUUGGUGGUGUUGGUGGUGCUGGGAAGGGUGCUGGAAGCUUCACACCCUUGGAUCUCCCCACCCCGGCUUCAUCUGCCAAGCCUGGCCAGUCUGCCAAGCCUGCUGCCACACCUGCAGGUCCGGCGGCAGCAGCGGCAGCAGGCAGGGCGGGAGAAUCAAAUCAGCUGCAGAAUCGCGAGGAUCUGGUGGACACAUUUGGGCGGCAACUGCUGGAGAAGGGAUUCAGCUACUAUGGCACGGAGACCAUGUAUAGCGGAGUGUAUGGUUGUGAGAUGGAGUGUGAGAUUUACCUAGGAGUGGUGUAUUAUCAGCGGCUGCGUCACAUGGUAUCAGAUAAAUUCCAGGUGCGGUCAACCGGGCCUGUGAACCCUCUCACGCAGCAGCCGGUGAAGGGGAGGAAGAAGGGCGGUGGAGUGCGGUUCGGGGAGAUGGAGCGCGAUGCAAUGCUGUCCCACGGCGCGGCGUUUCUCUUGCACGACCGGCUACACUCGUGCUCCGAUUACCACACCACUGACGUCUGCUCCCUCUGCGGCUCGCUUCUAGCUCCGGCGCUGGCUCGGCCCCGAGGCGGGGCGGCAGGUUCGGAUGCAGCUACGGCGGCAGGCCUGGGGCUGGGGGCUGGCGUGGGGUAUGGGACGGUGGGGGGCGAGCUGAGGCAGAAGAAGACAGUGUGUCGGGUGUGUGGCACGGGGAAAGGCGUGGUGCGAGUGGCCAUGCCGUAUGUGUUCAAGUACCUUGCUGCUGAGCUGGCUGCAAUGAACAUUAAGCUCACACUAGAUGUGUGA